GGUACGGAUAGGCACGCGUGUGGCCGCAGCUGGUGUGCUCUGUGCUGUGCCACUUCCUAAAGGCCUGUGCGAUGACACACAAUGUACACACUCCCUCCCCGGCUUCAGCUGACUAGCAGAUCACAUGAUUUUAUGGGCUCAUAGUACAGGAAACAGGGCUUCCAGUCAGUGUAUUUAAUCUGUGACAAGAAGCAGUCCUGCCGGCUCUCACAGUUACAUGAGCCCAGCCGCAGGGACCCCAGGGCCACCACAACCACCGUGCGCAGCGCAGAGACAUGGCGUGGACUUCGUACCAGCUGAUCCUGGCAGGGAUGAUGCUAGUCACUGGCUCCAUCAAUACGCUGUCAGCUAAGUGGGCAGAUAAUUUCAGUGCCAAAGGAUGCAAAGGUUCGGAGUCCCACGAGUUCCAGCAUCCAUUCUUACAAGCUGUUGGGAUGUUCUUAGGAGAGCUGUCUUGUCUUGCUGUAUUCUAUAUCUUGGUAUUCAGAGAUAGAAGAUCUCCAGAGCCCACAGUUUCAACGUCACAACCAUUCAACUCCUGGCUUUUUCUUCCACCAGCCUUAUGUGACAUGACUGGAACUAGCAUCAUGUAUGUGGCUCUCAAUAUGACCAGUGCUUCAAGCUUCCAGAUGUUACGAGGCGCAGUUAUCAUUUUCACCGGACUUCUUUCGGUGGCUUUCCUGGGCCGGAAGCUGGAGUGCAGUCAAUGGAUUGGAAUCGUUGUCACCAUUGGAGGCCUAGUGGUUGUCGGACUGGCUGACUUACUGAGUGGUCCUAGCAGUGGGAAAAGUCUCAGUAAUGUUAUUACAGGAGACCUUCUUAUCAUCAUGGCUCAAGUGAUUGUAUCGAUUCAGAUGGUUCUAGAGGAGAAGUUUGUCUACAAGCAUAAUGUCCACCCGUUGCGAGCUGUAGGCACUGAGGGUUUCUUUGGGUUUGUUAUCCUCACGUUGCUACUAAUUCCAUUCUACUACAUCCCAGCAAGUAGCUUCAGCAACAAUGAUCGGGAAGUCCUGGAAGAUUCCUUGGAUGCUUUCUGCCAGAUGGGCAACCAGCCGCUGAUUAUUGUAGCCUUGCUCGGAAACAUCAGCAGUAUUGCUUUUUUCAACUUUGCUGGCAUCAGUGUGACAAAGGAAAUAAGUGCCACCACUCGUAUGGUCUUGGACAGCCUCAGGACAGUGGUUAUCUGGAUAGUCAGCCUUGCAGUGGGGUGGGAGAAGUUCCACGCUCUUCAGAUCCUAGGCUUUGUUGUUCUCUUGGUGGGAACUGCUCUCUACAAUGGCCUUCAUAAACCCCUGAUGUGUGGAAGAUGUCGGGAACAAAGUGAAGAGACUGAGAGACUGCUGAAUGAAGAUCAGGCAGCCAUCAAUGCAGCAACUUGAUUUUAAAUUAGACAGAGAGAGAUGACAUGAACCAAUUAUGUUCAGGACUCUUAAAAUGUUAAAAUAUUGUUUGAAGAACACAACAUUGUCUAUCUGACCCAGCUGACACUAAAUGUGUUUCUUCGAUUAUCACAGUAAUUUUUUGGAUUCACAAUGGUUGAAGUAUUAUGGAAAGUUAACAAAUGGUUGAGAACUCUACAUGACAUGAAGUUACCAUGGAUACUGGGAAGCAUACAAUGUUGUUGGUCCUUUAUAAAGGAGAUUUUAUUGUUUUUUUUUACACUUUUUAAAUUACUUUUAUCUAAUUUGAGGAAAGUCUAGGGCACCUAUUGGUGUUCUGUUCACACAUACAUUGGGUUCAUUAAGGUCACUGUGAAUGAAUAUUUUGCACCACUGGUAAUGCCGACGAGGUGACCCCAGUGUAAAGCACAUCAAAAGGGAACAUAUAUCAUUGCAAAUAAUUGAUGGGGUUACAGAUACAUCAAACAUGUGUAGAUGUGAACACAGAGGGCUGAAAAAGUAAAAAUCAAUACGUUUAUUUGGGUGUAACAUGCAUUCCCAGACCUUGUGAGAUGCUUACCCUGCUGACAUCGCCAAAGCAUGCCCUUCUGCCUUUUAUAUCUAUUUGUCUUGCAUUCCCUCCAUUAAAUUCCUAAUGUUGAUAA